AUGGUGCGGAGAAUACGACAUCCAGCAGGUCUUCACUUCCGUGGCUUAUCCACAGAGCAACGAGCAAGUAGAGAGGUCACCAAUCGGGAAAUCCUCCGAGUCCUGCACGCUCGGCUCAAUCAUAUGGGAGGCAGCUGGGUGGAUGAGCUCCCCAGUGUACUGUGGGCACUCCGCACGACUCCUAAGGAAGGGACCGGGGCAACUCCUUUCCACCUAGUGUAUGGUGGCGAAGCGAUCGUCGCCGUCGAAAUUGAAGUCGAAUACGAUCGGAUACAACACUACGGCGAGGACAACGCCAAGCGGAGGCUUUUGGAGCUAGACUUGAUGGACAAAGCUCAUGUGACCAGGAUAUGGAAGAAAGUGAAGCUGGUCGAUGACGUCACCAAGCUGGAGGCUUCAUGGGCUGGACCCUUCAAGGUCGUGGAGAAGCUCCGGUCAGACGCCUACUACUUGGAGGAUGAGGAUGGACGACAACUAGAGCGCCAUGGAGCGUGA